AUGUCCUGGAAGGGGCUGACCAAGUCGGUCGUGAGAACGCCGCAGACGUUCAAGCAGAAGUUCAACAUCGGCGAGAUCACAAAGGAUGCCAUCUACAUCGAUGCCGAGCGCCGCUUCACCGAGCUGGAGAAGGAGACGAAGAAGCUGCACGAAGAGUCCAAGAAGUAUUUCGAGGCCAUAAAUGGCAUGCUCACACAUCAGAUCGAGUUCUCCAAGGCCAUCGCCGAGGUCUACAAACCCAUCUCCGGACGAAUGUCGGACCCCACCUCGUUCCACGACGAAGGCAACACCGCCGGCAUCGAGGCCUGCGAACAGUACCAGGAGGUCGUCGGAGAACUGCAGGAGACGCUCAAGCCCGAGCUUGAGAUGAUCGAGUCCCGCGUCAUCUCGCCUGCGAACCAGCUGCUCGACAUCAUCAAAGCCGUGCGAAAGCUGGGCGCCAAGCGCGACCACAAGCAGCUCGACUACGACCGUCAUCGCACAGCCCUCAAGAAGCUGCAGGACAAGAAAGACAAGACGCUCAAGGACGAGAAGGCCAUGUACCGUGCCGAGAACGACGUCGAGCAGGCCACGCAGGACUACAUCUACUUCAACGAUCUCCUCAAGGACGAGCUGCCGAAGCUGUUUGCACUGGAAAGAGAGUUCAUCCAGCCUCUCUUCCAGUCCUUCUACUACAUGCAGCUGAACGUCUUCUACACUCUGCACGAGCGCAUGCAGCGGCUGGACAUUGGCUACUUUGACCUGGAGCUGGACAUUGAGGCUGCCUACGAGAAGAAGCGAGGAGACAUUCAGGCAGAGGCAGAAAAGCUAUCAGUCGUCAAGUUCAAGACCACAGGCGGCCGCACGGGCCCAGGAGCUGGGCGGCCAGGCGUAUCCAAGUACGCAACAAAAGCGCAGGAAGCCAAGGCGAACGAGGCAAAGCCUGGCCGCGCUUCAAUCUCCGAAGAGGCGCCCCCGCCACCAUACACUCCCGGCGCGUCCGGCGUCGUCGGAGACCUAAAGUCGCCGACAUUAUCGCAAGGGUCCUGGGGCUCCGCCGCGAAGGCAAAGGGCGCUCCACCACCGCCAAAACCAAAGCCUUCGCGCCUGAGUGGCAUGCCCGCCGCAGAAACCUGCACUGCGCUGUACGACUUUGAAGCGCAGUCCGAAGGCGACCUGAGUUUCCUGGCUGGCGACAUCGUUGAGAUCAUCACGCGGACGCAGAACGAGAACGAGUGGUGGACAGGCAAGGUCCGGGGCAAGUCGGGGCAGUUCCCAGGUAAUUACGUGAAGCUGAAUUAG